AUGUCGACCAAAUCCGUACUCGUGCUCGAUGGCGAGUCCCUUUGCGCCGAAGACCUCCUGACACUGUCGAAAGGUGCGACUUCCAUUUCCCUCAGUGACGACGCCUGGACACGCGUGUCAAGCAGUCGCGACGUGGUCGAUGCGGUCCUCGAAGACCCCACCCGCGUCGCGUACGGCAUCAACACGGGCUUUGGGCUCUUUUCCACGGUCGUGAUCGAGCCCGACCAGCUCAAAGUGCUGCAGGCGAACCUCAUUCGGUCGCACGCGUCGGGCACAGGGGACCCGUUAACCCCUGCGCAGACGCGCAUGCUCCUUGCGCUCCGCAUCAAUGUACUGGCCAAAGGCCACUCCGGCAUCCGCGUCCCCACGCUGCACCAGCUCGUCGACGCGUUCAACGCGUCGUGUUUGUCGCUUGUCCCGAGCAAAGGCACUGUGGGGGCGUCGGGGGACUUGGCCCCGCUCGCGCACUUGGCGCUCGGGUUGCUGGGCGAAGGGCUCAUGUGGGACACUACUGACAACAACGACGUUGUAAUCCGCGACGCAGCUGAAGUCCUUGCGAAACACGGGUUGCACCCGUUGCAGCUCGAGGCGAAAGAAGGACUCGCGUUGAUCAAUGGCACGCAACUGAUCACGUCCAUUGGGGUCGAAGCGCUCGUGCGCGCACAGAACGUCACAAACUGUGCCGACGUGGUCGUUGCACUAUCGCUCGAAGUGCUCUGCGGUACGGUGAACGCCUUCCACCCGCGUAUCCACGCAGCUCGUCCCCAUAUUGGCCAAGCGCGCGUGGCGGCACGUGUCCGCACACUGCUGAGUCCCGAUGACCCGUCCGAGUUGUUUCGCAGCCACAACUACGUUGGUAAAGUCCAAGACGCCUACUCGCUGCGCUGUGCACCGCAGGUACACGGCAUUGUGCACGACACGAUCGCCUUUGUGCGGCAAGUGCUGACCGUCGAAAUGAACAGCGCGACGGACAACCCCAUGGUCUUUACGGGACCGGCAGCCGACGUGGCAACGGAUAUCGGAUACCCACCAGCAGCAGUAGCUCCGGUGGCAUUGAAGGAGAUGUCGGUGGACAAGUGCGACGCUGAGUUGCGUUUGAGUGAACCGAAGAUCACGGACCUCGAAGACGCCAACCGGGAGAUUCAGCGGCUUCGGGCGCUACUGAACGACAACAGCGUGCAGCAGUACGAGACAAUGGAGCGCUUCACUGCGGACAUGAAGCGCACGUCCGACACGUUCUACCGUGGUGGCGAUGGGUUUGUCAUCUCAGGAGGUAACUUCCAUGGCGAGUACCCGGCCAAGGCGCUGGACUACUUGGCCAUUGGCGUCCACGAGAUCGCCAGCAUCAGUGAACGUCGCAUUGAGCGACUGGUGAACCCGACAUUGAGUCACUUGCCGGCGUUCCUCGUGCCGGGCGGAGGGCUCAAUUCCGGGUUCAUGAUUGCCCACUGCACGGCCGCUGCGCUCGUGUCGGAGAACAAAGUGCUCACUCAUCCGUCGUCCGUGGACUCGAUCUCGACGAGUGGAGCGAAAGAAGACCACGUGUCCAUGGGCGGCUUCGCAGCUCGGAAGGCCCUUACGGUCGUCGAGCACGUCGAGACAGUCGUCGCCAUUGAGCUACUGGCGGCCUGCCAAGCGCUCGAUCUCCUUCGGCCACUACGGACGACAGCAGUACUUGAAGCUGUCCAUGCAGUCGUGCGCACGCGUGUACCGAAACUUGACAAGGACCGCGUCAUGAAACCAGACAUUGAUGCGGUCGUGGACCUCGUGCGCAGUGGAGCGAUCUGGCAAGUGGCUGCCCCCUUUUUGGGUGAGUGA